AUGCUUCCGAUUCGUUCAGUUCCGCCCCAAGCAGGGCGAACCUCUCGGCAGUUCCGUCGGUCCCUCUUCAACCAAAAAGAUGCCAUCAAAAAACUCAAAAAUUCAUCCAAUGACGAGCCGUUCCACCACGAAUACUCGGUUCGUCCCGACACCUAUGCAUUCAAAGUAUCAGCUGCAAAUGAAAGGACACGUCUUGUGGAUACAGCAAACAUAAAGGCAGAAGCACCAACCACACAUCCGUUGCAAAAAACAUCUGGGGAGGAAGGCUUCAAUCUAAUUAAAUUCAUAUACAGAUACUCCACUAACUAUCCAUUUGGUGACAAGUCGCCUCAACAGGUGUACAAUGAGUACCCAAGCACCACAUCGUCCAAGUUGGCUCGUUCGAAAUACCGUCCCAAGAAGGUGAAGAUGUUGGCAUCAGAUUUCAUUGAAGACAGUUUGUACAAUCCCCACUACGGAUACUUCUCAAAAGAAGUCGAAAUCUUCCAUCCAGAAAAGCCUUUCGACUACAACAAUAUCAACGACAUUGACGACUUUAUGGACAGCUGGCAACAGGCGUAUAGAAAGUACGAUGACUUGCUGCUGAAAUCGUUAUUCAAGAAGCAGUCCGCCCUUCCGGUCGCAGCUCCAAAUAAAUUGGAUACGGCAGUGGCAACUACCACCUCCAAGCUCGCCCAGAGAGCCCAUAGUCUCCAGAUGGAAGAAGCAUUGAAUGAUCCAAAACCAAAAUCUAGAAGAUCCUUACAAUUGUGGCAUACGCCGACAGAAUUGUUCCAGCCCUACUACGGUGAAGCUCUUGCAAGAUACUUGCUUGUGAACUACAAACUCAACGGAGCAUACCCAUAUCAGGAUUUGAUCAUUUACGAAAUGGGUGGAGGUAACGGAACUUUGAUGUGCAACAUCUUGGAUUAUAUCAAGAAGCAUCAACCUGACGUGUACAAUCGUACCCAGUAUAAAAUUAUAGAAAUCUCGUCCCAAUUGGCUGAAAAACAAUUGGAAAGUGCAAUGAAGUCGAAGUUGAUACAGCACGGAUUGGACACCUCCAAAUUGGAAAUUGUUAACAAGUCGAUCUUUGAAUGGGACAGGGUUGUCGAAGAACCCUGUUUCUUUAUUGCUUUAGAGGUGUUUGAUAACUUUGCCCACGACCUCAUAAGAUACGACAACGUGACCGGAGAGCCACAUGAAGGACAGGUGUUGGUUGACCAACAUGGCGAUUUCUAUGAAUUCUUCACUCCCCAAUUGAGCUACUACUCCAAUGCGUUUUUGCAGUUACGUGAAAAUGGAGAAUUUCCUGUGCUAGGAAGUGCCAGCACAUUACACGGAAGAGUUAACACCUUGAAAAGCACAAUUCCUUUCUUAACUGACAAGGACUUGAUCCACCCAUUACACCACUCGUCAGCCAAGUUAAGAUGGCAAAACUCACUCUUGCCCUUCAAAGAUAACCUCACUCCUGGAGAGUUCAUCCCUACCAGAUUGUUGCAGUUUUUCCAGAUUUUAAAGCACAAGUUUCCCAACCACUCGUUGGUAUGCUCCGAUUUCCAUUCCUUGCCCAAAAAUAUAGGUGGCUACUAUAACGCACCUGUGGUCCAAACAGUAUUGCAAGAUAAAAUGGUGGAUGUCAGCACAUAUAUGUGCUACCAAGGUUACUUCGAUAUCAUGUUCCCAACCGACUUUGACGUGGCUAGUGAUUUAUACAAGCAAGUUACUGGAAAGAUUGCCAAGGUCGACUCACACAGAGACUUUUUGGAAUUGUGGGCCGACGUUGAAAGUACCCGUACAAAGAAGGGAGAGAAUCCAAUGCUAGACUUCUACGAAAACGUCAGUUUUAUGGUGAGUUAGCUGUCCCUACAUAAGCUUCAAAGAGAAGGUGCCCGCCCCUUGUAUAUAGACUUACGCUUGUAUGUAUUAAUUUUCAUUUAUUGCUUCC